AUCAGUUAAACUUCACAGACCCUCUAUUUAUACAUCCAGAAGCGUCUGGAGCCAUGCCACCGAGAAAGAGCAGAGACAAAGAGGUUCAGCCAGCCCAGGCUGAACAUGCAGAUGAUAGUCCACUCCACUCUGAGGGUGAAAAUGAUCCCAUCACUUUUCUCCCAGUGUCACCUCUGGCAGAACGGUCCUAUGGGAAUCCAGUAUUUAAGGAGAAAGAAGCAGACCGUGGGGGUGACUUUACUGAAUCAAGUAAUGUGUUUAGAGGUAUGACUGAACAUCUGGAUUUAGCAUUCAAAGAACAGAACCAGGCUAUGCGGAGACUUGUUGACAGUCAAGCAGAAUCCUCCAGACAUCAAGAAGAGCUAAUUGGACAAUGUAUAGAAGACAUGAGACAGGUCUUUGAAGAAGGCACUAGGGUGAUGCAAGAAACUGGGGAAGAAAGUCGUAGAACAUUGCAAGCUGUUUCAGAACAAGUGGUUGAGCAAGUGCGACAGCCUAGACUUGAGAUCCCUCCUCCAGUCCAGAAUUUCUUCAUGGGUGAAGGACAAAGACAGCAUGAACCAAUGGAGGCUGUUGCUCCUGUUGCAAACCAUGGCCAUCAACCUCAGCAUAGGUAUAUUCCGCCAAGUAGGAGGGGAAAUGUGGGUCCUCAUCAUCAACCCUACCCAAGAGACUUUUUCCAGCCACAAGUUCCUCCAGCCCAACCGAUACAGCACGGUCUGCAGAAUCAACCAGCUCAAUUAUUCAAUAGAGAUCAGCUAAUAGAUCUGGUACAAGAAACCUAUGGACCAGCCUUGAGACCAUUGGUACAUCCAGCCUACAGGAAGCCUUAUCCAGACGUCAUUGAUCAUGAAAAUCCUUCUCCAAGGGGUUUUAAAGUGCCUGAGUUCACUUUAUUUUCUGGUGAGGUUGGUCAGUCCACUAUUGAACAUAUUGGACGCUUCACAAUACAGUGUGGAGAGGCAUCUGGAGAUGAUAACUUGAAACUCAGACUGUUCCCUAGCUCUUUGACUGGGACAGCCCUUACUUGCGUCUAUGGCAGACUUGUCGAGGAAUUUGUCAAGCUGGCUCAGAAUGGUUUGGACAUUGAGCUCCGAAAGAAAUUUGAGGGGAUGGAAUUCCGAGACUUUUAUGAAUUGUCUUAUAAAGUGGCUCGGUAUGAAAAUCUGCUGAAAGAAGAUGUUCAAAAGAAAGCUGCAUCACAUGGAACCUAUUACAGUGACCCUAAUUUUGAUCUUGAUGUGGCUGAGGUUGUUACAGACAAGCCUGUUGUUUGUCUAGACCUUGUCAGACCAACUCACCAGCCUGAGACGUCUGUGAGACAUUAUGUUGGUAAGGUUGGGAAACAGUAUACUUUUGAUGUGUUAAAAGCUAGUGAUAUAUUUGACUACCUUAAAGAGAGUGGUCUGAUUAAGCUGCCACCGGGACAUAAAAUCCCGACUGCGGCUGAAAUUGGAGCUAGAGAUUAUUGCAAAUUUCAUAAUUCUUGGAAGCAUUCUACUGAUAAUUGUCUUAUUUUUCAUAAUGUCUUACAAGAAAAAAUUGAUAAAGGUAUCUUGAAAUUUCCAAACAAAGCAAAGGAAACCAUGGGAGUGGAUGCAGACCCUUUUCCAACUGUCUCUGUCGGCGUGAAUGAUGCAAACCUCAGGAGUGUUGCCAGAAAUCGUAGUCUACAUUAUGCUCAAAGGAACCUUGCUACUAAAGACUUGAGGUGGGUGCUUGAGGCACAGAGAUCCAGACAUAGCAGAAGCGUCAAGUCAAACCAACAGAGGCUUGGGGGGCAAGGAAGGAUCAUUGUGACCAGGAGCUUCAGCCCAGAAAGUACCAGACCUCAUUCAGAGGGUACUAAGCCUCCAAGGAUGGUCAAACCGCCACUCAGGUCACCUUCUAGACAGUGGGAGAAAGUCAGUCAUCCCAAGUUUCUAACCCAGAAUCCCAGAACCUUGAGGCGCAGACUACAACGCAAGAAGGCUGAAGAGAGAAAAAGGCAACAGAAGCAGACAGAGGCUGAGGGAAGUUCAUCUCGCAGACCACGCCAACCUACCAAAAGGAAUAUGGUUUGGGUGGCAUCUAUCAUUGUGAGUCCAGACGGAGUUUUGAAAGCAACUUUUGAAGCACAAGAACAGUUUGAGAAUCGCGGAGCUGAAUCAAAAGAAGAUGGCACUAUUCAUUUUGGGGAAUUCUUAGUGAAUUUGUCAUGUCUGGUGCUGACAUUACCCUUGGUUUUCCAAGCCAAGAAGGAGAAGGAACCAAUCAUCUGUGAGUUCCCAGAACAGAUAGAAGAAGAGGUAAUCAUUGUUCCAGCUCAGGAUGAUGAAGAGGAGGACAUGGCUGACAAAAUUGUCCGUGUCUUGGUGGAUAAUGGAGCUGCAGUCAAUGUCUUUCCAACUUGCAAGCUCUACAAAAUAGGCAAGUCUCGUGAUGAUUUAGUGCAUACUGAGGUUACAAUUAUGGGAAAUAAGACACUGAUGUUUGCGUUUUUUGUGGUGGAUACUGUUGCUACUUAUAAUGCACUUUUGGGGCGUGACUGGAUUCAUUCAAGUUGGUGUGUCCCUUCUUCACUUCACCAAAAACUGAUUUUCUGGAAUGGUGGCAAAGUUGAGGUGGUGUCUGCAGAUGAUAAGCCUUUUUCAGCCAACACCCACCUGGUGGAGGCUAGAUAUUAUGAAGAAGACAUUGGAAAGAGAAAAGCCAUGUUGGAGAUAACAAAGAAAUUAGCAGCCUAUUUUGCUGAAAAAGCAGUUCAAGUAGAUAGGUCUGAAAUUGUUCAUGAAGGUGAGGAGGCAGACCAAGGUGAUGAAAUAACUUUGGAGGAGCUGGAUUUGGCCCCAGCCAAGUUGGAUGAUUUAAAAGCUGAAGUUCAAGACCCACUAGAGGAGAUCAAUCUAGGGUUUGAAAGUGAACCAAAGGAUUACUUAGAAAUGCCAGGUCUGGAUCAUAAAUUGGUGGAACAUAAACUACCAAUUGCAGAAGGAUUCAGAUCGUAUAAACAGCCGCCCAGACGCAUGUCUGCAGAGGCCACUUUGAAGGUGAAAGAAGAAAUUGAGCGGCUGGUAAAUGCUGGAUUCAUUCGGACAUGCAGGUAUGCAGAAUGGUUGUCAAAUGUAAUGCAUGUGCUGAAAAAGAAUGGAAAAUUAAGAGUUUGUGUUGAUUUCCGAAACUUGAAUUUAGCUACACCAAAGGAUGAGUAUCCUAUGCCAAUUGCAGACUUGUUGGUUGAUGGAGUAGCCCUUCACAAAAUCUUAUCCUUCAUGGAUGGCCAUAGUGGGUACAACCAAAUUUUUAUUACAGAUGCAGACGUUCCAAAGACAGCCUUUCGAUGCCCAGUGAAGUCACAUGGGGAAGCAGAUCGCCUGGUUCAUUUGAAGAAGGCUUUUGAGCGGAUGAGGCAACAUGGUUUGAAAAUGAACCCACUAAAGUGUGCCUUUGGAGUGUCUGCGGGUAACUUCCUUGGGUACUUGGUGCAUGAGCGUGGUCUAGAGGUUGACAAGAACAAAGCCAGGGCUGUGAUUAAGGUGAAACCACCACAGAACAAGAAGGAGUUGCAAAGAUUUCUUGGCCAACUUAAUUUUUUAAGACGUUUCAUUUCUAACUUGGCUGGGAAAACUAGAGCCUUUUCUCCUCUGUUGAAACUCAAGUCUGAGGCGGAUUUUAAGUGGGAAGAACACCACCAGUCUGCCUUUGAUAUGAUAAAGCGUACAAAAACUAUGUCUGGAGCUGGAGUCGUGGUAAUCUCCCCGUCUGGGCUAAAAACACAGAUGUCUUUCCAGCUGGAUUUUGAUUGCACAAAUAAUCAAGCAGAAUAUGAAGCUUUGAUUAUUGGUCUUGAGAUGUUGGUGGAGCUUAAAGUAUCCAUGGUUGAGGUAAUAGGGGACUCACAGCUAGUCUUGAAGCAAUUGUCUGGUGAGUACAAAUGUACUAGUCUUGCUUUAGCCCCUUAUUUUGCCUUGGCUGUGCAAUUAUUGGAAGAGUUUGACGAUGUGUCCAUUAGACAUGUGCCUAAAGACCAGAACUAUGAAGCUAAUGAAAUGGCCCAAAUUGCUUUAGGAAAAGCUAUGAUGAACUACUGCUACGUUGUCUGGGUCCAGAUGAAAGUUUCCAAAUGCUGUCUGAUGUCCAUGAUGGGAUUUGUGGGCUGCAAAUCUUAUCAGAUCUAUGGGCCACUUCAAAGAGUUCUAGCCUCUGAACUUAAUUCUAUUGUGAAACCAUGGCCAUUUCGAGGCUGGGCUAUUGAUUUAAUUGGUAAGGUGUAUCCCCCUUCAUCCAAAGGUCAUUCAUUUAUUAUAGUGGCAACGGAUUAUUUUACCAAAUGGGUGGAGGCUAAACCAAUGAAGAAGGUAGAUCAAUAUGAUGUAAUCAAGUUCAUCAAAGAGGACAUUAUUCACAGAUUUGGUCUGCUAGAAACAAUUACAACAGACCAAGGCACAGUUUUUGUCAGCCAUCAAGUGGAGGCAUUUGCAAAGGAAAUGGGUUUCCAUCUGUUAAAUUCUACUCCUCAUUAUGCACAAGCUAAUGGGCAAGCGGAGGCUUCUAAUAAGGUGGUGAUUAAUUUGCUUGAAAAAAUGGUGGAUGACAACCCCAGACGCUGGCAUGAACUGUUGGAAUAUGAUGAGGCUAUGAUGCUUGAACUUGAGGACCUUGAAGACACACGUUUGGCAGCUUUGGAUAGAUUGCAAGCUCAAAAACUCAAAAUUGCAAAGUCUUACAACAAGAGGGUAAAAGGUAAAAAUCUGGCAGUUGGUGACUUGGUCUGGAAAGCAAUUUUACCUCUUGGCAAAAAAGAUCACAGAUUUGGGAAAUGGUCCCCAAAUUGGGACGGACCAUUUCAAAUUCAUGAAGUGUUGAGAGGGGGUGCUUAUUGGUUGGAGUCACUUGAUGGGGAGCUUCACCCUAGAAAAAUCAAUGGAAUUUAUCUCAAGCCUUAUUACCCCACAGUCUGGGAGGCAAGAGGCUUAAAGUCCCCAGAAGCUGUCUGAGCCAGGUUCAUGCUUCUGUCUGUGCAUAAAUAAGUUGAUUUGCUUUCAUGUGUUUAUUCCAAAAUGAGAGCAAGUUUGAUCGAGCAGCCAUGACUGGCUGUGGAUGGCUGGAUGCGUUCAGAUAGAGUCAGCUGUAAAAAAGUUAGGAAUACCUG